AUGUCGGACAACGAGGGAGCUAACCAGGCUAACGCAGUUGCCGGAGGAAUGGCGGCGGCUAUGCUGGGGACACUUUCGAGGGAGCUGGCUCAACAUUGCAACUACGGGGACAAGCUGAAGGAGAUGCUGCGGUAUAGGCUCGUGUGCGGCAUUGCGGAGGACCGCAUACAGAGGAGGCUGUUGGCGGAGCCCGACUUGACAUUUGAAAAAGCCUUGAAAAUCACGCAGGCCAUCGAAACGGCAAACAGGGAUGUGCGUGACUUGCAGCCGACGCUGGACAGUGCGGCGGGGAAAAAUGCAACACCAAUGACAGUGCAUAAAGUGGGAACGGAGAAUAAACGACAAAACGGGCAAGAGCGACCUAUUGGCUUCAUGUCACGGACACUCACGCCGGCUGAAUCAAACUACUCACAACUGGACAAGGAAGGACUGGCAGUGAUGUUCGGCAUUCAGCGUUUCCAUAAGUACUUGUAUGGAAGGAGGUGGGCGGUGACUUUGAGAGCAUAUGAAUAUGAGAUUGUCUACAAGCCAGGGAAAUAUCACAGCAACGCAGACGCGCUGAGCCGACUGCCCCUACCUCAGCCAUCGACAGAGAAAGUGCAAGAGGAUCGAGUGCUGAUGAUGGAGGACGCGUUGCUGAUAUCAGAAACCAAAUGCGUAGGCAUGUGGACCAGAUACUGGACAGACCUGAACAAAAAGACAUUAUUGACCCGGAGGGAACGGCACCUCCGACAGUACCACUUGUGUCGGCUGACGCUACACCAUUGUCAGAGGAACCUGGAGCAGUAA